AUGGCAGCGUCCGCAUCCCCCAACCCGGUAGUCUUCUUUGAUAUCACCCUAGGCGGCGAGCCCAUGGGCCGCAUCAAGAUGGAACUCUUCCACGAUGUUGUACCUAAGACAGCCGAAAACUUCCGCCAAUACUGCACUGGCGAAACCAAGAACCACUUGGGCCAUCCCCAAGGCUACAAGGGCUGCAAAUUCCAUCGCGUGAUCCCAAACUUCAUGAUCCAAGGAGGCGACUUUCUGAACGGCGAUGGCACUGGCUCGGCUUCAAUCUACGGCACCAAAGCUUUCGCGGACGAAAACUUCAAUCUUAGACACGACGUCGCUGGUUUGCUCUCCAUGGCGAACUCUGGACCAAACACAAACGGCUGUCAGUUUUUCAUCACUACUGUACCGCUGCCUCAUCUCAAUGGCAAACACGUUGUCUUUGGAAAGAUUGUUGAUGGCAUGGACGUUGUGCGGAAGAUUGAGAAUGUCAGGACCAACGUAACGGACAAGCCGAUCCAGGACAUCGCUAUUGCUCAAUGCGGUGAGAUGUAA